AUGGCGGAGAAGUUCCUGGAGGGCGAGGUGCCCUUGGAAACGUUUCUGGAGAACUUUUCCUCCAUGAGGAUGCUGUCCCACCUGCGCCGGGUGCGCGUGGAGAAGCUCCAAGAUUUGGUGAGGAAGCCCAGAGCUUCCCAGGAGCUGGCCGGCAGUGCCCCUCCAUCCCGCCCACCACCCCCGCCUCGCCCAGCCUCCCAGGCGACACCCCCUGUGACCGAAGAGCCACCACUGCCAUCAGUCACACCUCCCUACCCUUUGCCCUACAGCCCAUCUCCUGGCCUGCCUGUGGGUCCCACCGCCCAAGGAGCUCUGCCACCGGCCCCUUUCCCUGUGGUGUCCCAGCCCUCCGUCUCCUAUGGUGGGCCUUUGGGUCCUGCUUACCCCUCAGCCCAGCCAGGACCAAGGGCUGCUGCGGGCUUCUCCUGGUCCCCACAGCGGAGCAUGCCUCCCCGGCCGGGCUAUCCCAUGGCCCAAACUGGUGCCUCUGGCCCCGGGUACCCCUUGGCAGGGGGCCAGACCCCCAAUCCUGGUUAUCCUCAACAGUCCCCCUACCUCCCAGCAGGAAGAAGACCUCCCUACCCAAUGCAGCCCCAGCUCCCAAGCUUCCCAGCACAGCCCCAGCCCUCAGUUCCCCCGCAGCCCCCAUAUCCCCCAGGACCCGCUCCUCCCUAUGGCUUUCCACCGCCUCAGGGGCCUGUCUGGCCUGGGUAUUAGACACAGACACGGUCCUGGCCCUCGGCCCCACCCUACCUCCACCCAUACCACGACCUUUGGCCCACCCAUCGCUGAGAUUCGAGGUUAAAUUGGAAGUGGAGUUGGUGCUUCCUGUGGACUUGCGUGGGUGCAUGGCGGCUUUAGGGUGACCUGGCUGGGAGUGUGCAAGCCCCCGAAAGGCACUGGGCAGUGUGACCAGGUUGGCCAUGGCAGACGGUCACAGCACUUGUUGGCUUUCUGGCUGGAGUUCCUCCUGGGAGCUCCUCCUUUCAGUGAGUGGCUUUAGCUUUUCUGGUGCUAGCCAGUCUGGGAGUCUAGUACCUCUCCUGGGUGCCUGUGAGCAUGAGCGCAUGCACGGGUAUGCAGGCAGUAUGCUUGUGCCUGCACUCAAGGACAAUAGAACCUGGUACAGAGUUAUCUCGGUGAGGAGGUGGCCCCUGGUCUCAGGACCCUGCUCACCCCCUCCUGCUCCCCUGGGAUUUGGCAUGUUCGAUGUGGAGCCUCGUGCCAAGGGAUGCAG